AAAUUCGAAGGAAUUAGAAACAGGUCAGAGGUGAAGAGACUCAGCUGGGGUCAAACUCACAGAAACCAAACAAGUCUCUCCUGAUGCGUUCCGCUGGAGUAGGAAGCGCAAGCCCAGCGUGGUAACAAGGAGACUAGUAGGAAACAGACGAGCAUCUUCAAUUGAAGGGGAAGAGGAAGAGUUCUAUUUGCAAUAGCUUUAUUAACUGCAAAGCUCACCUUUAAAACUAAGCCACAACCUUAAAGCAGCUCUCUUUAUUUGCCUGAACAAUGAGCUCCUAAGUCUUUUGUGCUCUUUGUUCAGAAGGUUUGUUGUUUUUUUAACACGCAUUGUAACAUUUCUUUUAAGGAUUGCCUGCCAAAAGCGAAUUCCCUAAGGAAAACCAGACCAAGAAAGUAGUGACCAAUCCUUUUCGGAUUAUUGUCAGAAGGCUCCUCCCAGCCCCUUCAAUUUGCAUAAAAAAAUCCAGAAAACUCUUGUUUGCCCAGCAUCUUGAUCAGUUUGUCCACCGCUGUCUAACAGUCAGAGCCCGAGCCUCCUGGAAAGCUGCAUGUAGCCUAAGGGGAGCUGAGAGUUUCUCUCUCUCUGGGCUACAGCCUGUUUUCUACCUUUGUAAGAAACUGGAAGCCUCGCUGGGGCGUUUUUUUCACCCCCGUUUUAGAGUGUGAGUCACCAACCAUGUACCAGGGAUACUGGUCUCUGUUCCUGAUUUGUAUCGCCUCCCACUGCAUAGGGUCCGUCAAAGGGCUCUUUAUUUUUGGACAGCCCGAGUUCUCAUACAAGAGGUCCAACUGCAAACCUAUCCCCGCCUCCCUGUUGUUGUGCCGCGGUAUCGAGUACCCAAACAUGAGGCUGCCCAAUCUGCUAGGGCAUGAAACUAUCCAGGAGGUUCUGGAGCAGGCUGGCGCCUGGAUCCCUCUAGUUCAGAAGCAGUGCCACCCGGACACCAGAAAGUUCCUGUGCUCGCUCUUCGCGCCCGUCUGCAUUGAUGACCUGGAUGAGACCAUUCAGCCUUGCCAUUCGCUCUGUGAGCAGGUGAAGGACAGUUGCGCCCCAGUUAUGUCUGCCUUCGGCUUCCCCUGGCCUGAUAUGCUGGAUUGCAGCCGCUUUCCCCAGGACAACGACCUAUGCAUCCCCCCGGCUAGCAGCGACCACGUCCUCCCUACCGCCAGAGAAGCACCAAAGGUCUGUGAUGCCUGCAAAAACAAGAACGAAGAUGAUAACGACAUCGUGGAAAACCUUUGCAAAAAUGACUUUGCCCUGAAGAUAAAAGUGAAGGAGAUCACAUACAUCAAUGGGGACACCAAGAUCACCCCCGAAACAAAGAGCAAAACCAUCUACAAGCUGAAUGGGGUGACGGAAAGGGAGCUGAGGAAGACAGUGCUCUGGCUCAAAGGUGGCCUGCAGUGUACCUGUGAUGAGAUGAAUGACAUAAAUGCACCCUAUUUAGUGAUGGGACAAAGGCAGGCCGGGGAGCUGGUGAUCACCUCUGUGAAGCGGUGGCAGAAAGGGCAGCGGGCGUUCAAACGAUUCUCCCGCAGCAUCCGCAAACUGCAAUGCUAAUCACUUCUACUCUAGUCACUUUCACCUUACUCACUUACACCAGCUGCCCCAGUUCUGAGCUCUUCAAGCCUCUUGCACCUUCUUGUUUCAGCCUUUCUGAACCACAAGAUAUAGCAGGCAUGGGAGACGAUGGCUGUUUAAAACGAAGAGGAGAGGAAAACCCUCCCCUUCAAAUUUUGUAA